AUGGACCCUCUACACGCGGCGGUGGUGGCAGAGGCAGCUGCGCGGGCCAUCAAAAACUACGAGGACGGCGACGGGGUGUGGCCGGAAAACCCUGGCGCACAAGGGCGUCACAAUGGCGAAGGCAGCGCACACAGCACCAAAGACGAGUCGCAGGAGAAGUUUGUGCUUGAUCCGGCCCUACAGCUCGAGCUGGAGAAGUACGGCAAGCAGGAGGCGCACGACGCGCACGAUCUCGAGCACAAGAAGCAGGACGGGCCGUUAUAUGUGACCGGCAACGACAAGAUCCGCCGCUCGAACCUGGAGAAAAUCGGGGCGUGCAACAGGUGCGCCAAGCGGCUCAAGGAGUCCGACAGAGACCACAAGGUGUGCGAGAGGUGCCGCACGAAAAAGAAGCGCGGCCUCAGCGUCUCGUCGCCGCCGAAUAAGCGCAUCGCUCUGGCGGAGGAGCACCACAACGGGUCCAAGCAUGGCGGCCAACAGGCGUCGGCAGAGGCCGUCGCGGCAGCAGUGCUCAACAGACAGCAAUCUGGCCACGACCAGGACAUUCUGCUGCCCGAGAACUUCCAUAACCUGCCCCACAUCCACCAUUCGCAGCUGAACCAGCAGCUGAACCAGCAGCUGCACCAACAGUUGUCGCAGCUCGGGCAGGAUCACUCGUCGUCCAACACGGACGACGAGGAGGUCGAGGGCUCGUCUCACGAAGAAGACGUCGGCGGAUCGCUCACGAUCCCGAACCCAGACCGGAUCUGUCUCAAGUGCGGCAACCAUAUCCACAUCGACGACCUCAGCUUCAACCCAGCGGCCAGCAUCUGCUCGAAAUGUCUCGAAAACGACGACGACCCAGAAACCACCGCCAACCUGUUCAUGAACCCCGAGGGCGACGUCAUCGGCAAGAAUGCGUAG